AUGGAAGAUGGUGAUGAAGAAGCAUUGAAGAUCUGGUCAAGAUUCAGAGAUUUAUCUAUUGACAAAUAUAUUGAUACUUAUGCUCGUCUUAAUAUUAAAUAUGAUGUCUAUUCUGGUGAAUCUCAAGUUCCACAAGAAAAAAUGAAAGAAGCUACCAAGAUGUUUGAAGACAAGGGAUUGAUUGAUAUUGAUCGUGGUGCCAAAUUGAUUGACUUGACUAAAUUCAACAAGAAAUUAGGUAAAGCAUUGGUUGAAAAAUCCGAUGGUACUUCUCUUUACUUGACCCGUGAUGUUGGUGAAGCUAUUAAGCGUUAUGAAACUUAUAAAUUUGACAAGAUGAUCUAUGUUAUUGCUGCUCAACAAGACUUGCACUGUGCUCAAUUCUUUGAAAUUUUGAAACAAAUGGGAUUCGACUGGGCUAAGAACUUGGAACACGUCAACUUUGGUAUGGUUCAAGGUAUGUCUACCAGAAAGGGUACUGUUGUUUUCUUGGAUAACAUUUUACAAGAAACCAAAGAAAAAAUGCAUGAAGUUAUGCAAAAGAAUGAAGAAAAAUAUGCCCAAAUUGAAGAUCCAGAUAAGAUUGCUGAUUUGAUUGGUAUUUCUGCUGUUAUGAUUCAAGAUAUGCAAUCUAAACGUAUUCAUAAUUAUGAAUUCAAAUGGGAUAGAAUGACUUCAUUUGAAGGUGAUACUGGUCCAUAUUUGCAAUAUGCUCAUUCACGUUUAUGUUCAAUUCAAAGAAAAUCCGGUAUUUCUAUUGAAGAAUUGGAACAUGCUAACUUUGAUUUGCUAGUUGAACCAUGUGCUGUUAACUUGGUUAGAACUUUGGCUCAAUACCCAGAUAUCAUCAAGAGAGCUGUUAACAGUUUGGAACCAUCUACUAUUGUUACUUAUUUGUUCAACUUGACUCAUAUUGUUUCUCAAUGUUAUGAUAUCUUGUGGGUUGCUGGACAAGAAAAAGAUCUUGCUGUUGCUAGAUUGGCAUUAUAUGAAGCUACCAGACAAGUGGUAAACAAUGGUAUGAAAUUGUUAGGUUUGACUCCUGUUGAACGUAUGUAA